GGGACGCUACAUUGAGAAAGGACGUGAGGGAGGAGGAGGAGGAGGUGUGAGGGGGGAAGAGGAGAGGGCAGCGGGUGGGAGUUUGGGACCGCGAUAGCGCGCAUUGAAAUCCUCGCUUCUCUGUCCAGGAACCCACGCAGACGGCAACGGGAGGGCGAGGCGACGCUGCUACAAGAGAGGCUGCAGCGCUGUGCGGCACUGAGAGAACGGUCGCUGUGGUGUCGCUGGUGAAGCCGUGCGUAGAGAGAAGGAGGGAGAGAGUGUGUGUGUGAGAGAGAGAGAAGGCGGGAGGUACGCGACUGCAGCGUGCGUCAGGCUCUGUGCAGAGGCGCGCGGCAAAGUCUCAGGCUGCCGAGUACAUCUCACAAAACUACUCUCUACCAAAUCCAACGAAACUCUUUGGACUGGCCCUGAGAAAACCGUUACCGUUCAAUGGGAUUCAACUGUAGGCAAAAAGGGCAAGGCACACUAUGUGGCACAAAUUGCUUUCUUUGACGACCAAAAAAUCCUUGUUUUACAACGAUAUAUUUAGCGCUCAUCUCCUGUAGUGUGGGACAAGACACUAGCCUUUCCGCCGCUGUUCGGAGGUUUUAUCAAACUAAAGAAAAACUUUAAAGAAAGCCGAAAGAUCCCAGAAGUGAUUGAAGGUGAAGCAAAAACUUUUUUACAGUUCGGUAAGGUCCUCUUAAUUUUUUCAAGAGAAUCAACACUCUCGGACAGUACACUCUUCAUAGUGAAAAGUACAUUAACAUUUGACAGAGUGCAGAGACUCAAACGGCUUGUGCUGAAAUUCUUCUCCGAAGUCAUCGACCAUUGUCUUUUAGGAGUCUUCUGUUAUUUAUCCAAGAGAGAGUGAUUAAAGUCCACGGAAGUGCAGCAGCGUUGCAUCAUGGGGUACACGCCGACCUUCACAUCAAAACUGAGCCUGGUCUGGGAUCGCUUCCAGGACAAGAUCAAGAACCCGACAUCGCAGCGUCGUCUGGUGCUCAUCAUCGUCUGCAUCGCUCUCCUCCUCGAUAACAUGCUUUACAUGGUCAUCGUGCCAAUCAUCCCCAAUUUUCUACGAACCAUCAACGGCAUACCGGAAGAGGUCGCCCCUGUGGAAGCUGAGGUCAUCAUUGACGGAACGGUCACGGAGAUGUAUGUGGAACUGGCCACCUGGAACUCCAGCUGGUAUGAGGAUGGGCUCCAGAACAGGACUCGCUACAGGGCAGUGACACCCAAGCUGGGGAAGCUGCCUCCACCUCCAGUGAGCUACGGGAACGAGGGAAGCGCCAUUGGAGUUCUGUUUGCUUCGAAGGCGAUCGUCCAGCUUUGCGUCAACCCGUUCACCGGCACCCUGAUGGACCGGAUAGGCUACGAUAUUCCACUGAUGAUAGGGUUAGUCAUCAUGUUUCUCUCCACUUCGGUGUUUGCUUUCGGUGAGAGCUACGCUGUGCUCUUUCUGGCACGUUCCAUGCAAGGGCUGGGAUCCGCCUUUGCAGACACGUCAGGACUGGCCAUGAUCGCAGACCGGUUCACGGAAGAGUCCGAGAGGACGAAGUCAUUGGGCAUUGCACAGGCCUUCAUCUCAUUCGGCUGCCUUUUCGCUCCACCACUUGGGGGCAUCCUGUACGAGUUUGCGGGAAAGGUGGUCCCUUUCCUGCUUCUGGCUUUCGUCUCUCUGUUUGACGGCUUCCUGUGCUUGAUGGUGAUGAAGCCCGUGCGGCAGCAGCGCAGCAUGCUGGCUCCCGAGGAGCGACCCAAAGGCACGCCCAUCUACAAGCUGUUGAUGGACCCUUACAUCGCCGUAUGCGCCGGCGCCCUGGCCAUGUCCAACGUCUCACUUGCUUUCCUGGAGCCCACCAUCUCGCUGUGGAUGAAAGACCGCAUGGGCGCCGAUGAGUGGGAGAUCGGCUUCGUGUGGCUUCCGGCCUUCAUCCCGCACAUCUGCGGCGUGUACCUGACUGUCAAGUUGGCCAAGACCUACCCGCAGUACCAGUGGCUGAUGGCAGCGAUUGGCGUCUCGCUGGAGGGCAUCUGCUGCUUCUUCGUACCUUUCGCCAAGGCCUACUUUGUCCUCAUCUUCCCCAUCAUGGGAAUUUGCUUUGGCAUCGCGCUGGUGGACACGGCCCUGCUGCCCAUGCUGGGCUACCUGGUGGAUGUGCGACACGUCUCUGUCUACGGUUCUGUGUACGCCAUCGCGGACAUCUCCUACUCGUUGGCCUACGCCUUAGGUCCUGUCGUCGCUGGCAGUGUCGUGCACGCCAUCGGUUUCCUGUGGCUGAACGUCUUCAUCUUCCUCACCAACGUGGGCUACGCGCCCGUGCUGCUGAUGCUGCGGCAUGUAUACAAGUACAAGCGGUUCGACAACGAGGACGAUGUGCUGGUUAGCGAGCACAGCGAGCUUGGCCAACCCUCCUAUAAGACUUAUGUUCAGAACGGGGGCGUAAGCGGGAAACCCGAACCUCUGGACGGAGGAGACAACUUUGCCAACCAUCUCAAGAUCAGCAACCAGCGGCCCAUGUACAGCGGGGAAAUUGACUGCUAUCCACCAUCGGGUGAUGUGGACUAUGCCUACGGCAAGGAACCCUACUCCUUUUAUCAACGUUAGUCCUGUGGGAUGGUGGGGUCACCUGCCUGACCCCUUCUCUGGAGACGAUGCAAAGGCGGCAACAGUUCGAGGCUGACAAUACCGAGGACAUCUCACACGAAGCCAGUAACAUUUACUGGAACACGAUCAAAAGAUGCAGACCACACAGUAUUUUAGCCUUCAGUUCUUGCAAAGGAAUGUCCAUUCUUAGACUUACUGUCAGAAAGGUAUUUUGUUCUGUUCCUUAUUUUAAUCUUUGUUCAUACGAUGUGGAUAUUUUCCCUGCAUCGAAAUAAUAUGAAUGAAGUAACCUACUUUUUAAACACGCGUAUUCCUUUAUUCGUAUUAUCAGACAGUUGCAAAACUCCAGAACCAAUAUUUUCACACUUAACUGCAUCAUCAAUCGUUUUGACUAAGAUACAACAUGUCAACGAAGACGUCAGCUUUUUUUCAAUUUUAUUUUUCUCUUUAUUUGUCCAUUUUUUGUUUUGUUUGUUUAGGACUUUUUACAAUGAGAACAUCAUAUUUUUUCCUUUUUUUCCAUAAGAAUUAUGUUUGAUAAAAUGUAAGCGUGUUAUUUGUAACAUUAUCAGAAAAUGACUGCCUGUCCAACAGCCUGUUCUCCUGUUGAUCAACAGUCACAUGACUCGAUAACUGUUUAACAAAACAUUCCACUCUGUGCAUGAAACACGUUGUGCAUUCCAUUCUUGUGUUUGUGAAAAAAUGUCUUUCACCUUCGAUAGCAGAGUGGAAACAAACACCUUUGUAGCCAAAAUUCCAUUUCUCGUAAAUUAAGAUCCGUGUUAAGUCAGACUUUCAAGAACUGUUAAGGAGUACAUCUGAAGUUAAGGAUAGUUGCAGUCUGGUUGAUGUCUGUGAUUUCAUGCCUUGAUGAGAUGUGACCAAAAGCCAUUUGAGAACUGUGAUUCCAUUUGAACGCUGAGCUUAUCUACAGUUAGUCACAAAGUUGGAUUUCUUUAUUCGAUUUAUAGCUGUUUAUGAAGUUGUCCAUGAGUAGAAUGGUUACAGUUGCUUGUAAAGAAGUGUAGGCAAAUGAGUGUUACCUGUUACAACUGUAGGUGUGUUAAGCAUAUGUGUUACAUGUGACAGCUGUAGGCCUGUGUCGGUGUCUGCAUGGUUACUGCCGCUAGACUGCUGCUUUGAUGAGACAUGAUGAUCAGAAAGUCAGAAGGACGUGUGGACAUGUGUUCCUUGGUGUGAAUGUGUAUGUGAGUGUGAGUGCAUGAGUGUAUGUGUGAGUGUAAGAGUUUGGGUGUGUGUGUGUGAUCUUUUAUACUGUAAACUCCAAGUUGAUGGCUGCAGACAUCAGUAGAUUGUUUUUCCUCGAGCAGGUGCCCCGUUCAGUGACUCUAGUCUCUCCAGAAAGCUCCUUUCAAGCACACGAAUUCCCGCCCUUGAUGGAGCUCUUCUCACCUUUUUGCACUUGCAUUAGCCUCACUCACACCUUCCCUGUUUCUAGACCUUCCACUCCGUCCCUCUGUACUUUUCCCCCUUUGAACGCUUUUGUCUUAAAAGCGGUGUGUACUGAGUGAUCAGAAAUGUAGAAAUGUAUAAUAGUUCAUCUGGUUUGUCAUAGCUUUAACAGCUUACACCGGGUUUCCUAAGAGAAAGCCCAUUUGUCACUAAAACCCAUGCUACAACCAAGCUUUGUUUUGAUAAAUGAUUGUUAUGGAUAAAAAAAUGAGAAUACUU